AUGGGUGGAGAUGUGAUGGCUAGCGAUAUACAUCUCUUGGAGAGUAUGCCAUUCGGACAGACCUCGAGGUUUGCCAAAGGGGUCAGCUUUCAAGCCUUAACUGAUAUACCAGACGAGUGUUGUCUUCAGAAUAGAGUGAAUAUUAUCCAAAGAAAUCCAAUGAUUAUAAACACCGGGACCUCAACUGUUAUCAGCAAAUCCUCGUCCAGUGAUAGUGACACCAAUGAUAGCCACACUAGACUUCUGGAAGACUCGCUGCAGGACUUCCGAAGUGUUCAGUAUCUGCUGUUGACACCGACGGCCACUCACACCACCACAUGUCUGAGUGAGGAUCCAUCCAAUACUUCCGAUGCUUUGUGGACACAAAUGCAGAAUUCAUUGUCAAAAGAGAUUAGAAGCAGAUAUUUGACAAAAAGACGUUUUGGAUCAAACAUCAGACGUGAUUAUACUUUGGUUGGAUUGCAGUGCUAUUCGUCUGCCUUUAAGACUGUGUUUAGUGUCACGUUAUGUGUACUCUUGUGUUGUAUUGUUCUUCUAAUGACAGUAUUAUAUGUUUGGCAUAACAACCACUUCAGUGCUCACAAUACGAUGGCAGACAUACCCGACCAGAACUGGUGGCGCGGAUCCGCUUUCUAUGAAAUCUUUGUUCCUUCGUUUAAAGACUCGGACGGAGACGGGUUCGGAGAUUUCAAUGGAUUACGAGAAAAGAUCCCUUACUUGAAAGAGUUGGCAAUUAAUGCCAUAAGACUUAACUCUAUAUUCUCUGCAUUGGAUUAUCCGCACAGAUAUGAUAAUAUUCUGGACUUUUUCAGUGUUGACCCACACUUAGGAAAACUCAAUGAUUUUAUUGAAUUGGUAAAAGCACUGCACGAAUCAAAAAUCUAUAUUAUUCUGGAUAUAAACCUGGUCUCCACAUCAGAUCAACAUCCAUGGGCUGCUCAUUGGCUUCUCAAUAGGUCGGGAGAGUAUCAAUAUUUUUAUGUUAACGUCAGCGGAGAUCAGAAUAACGACGAGGACUGGACGUCUAGCAGUGCGACAGAUAGACUCCAAACAGAUUUUCUGCACAGAGAUUCACAUUUUGGUGGACGCCUUCAUCUCAAUUGGUCUCAUCCGGGAGUUCGACACCAAAUGUUUCAAGUGUUUGACUUUUGGCUCCAAUAUAUAGACGGCUUUUACUUAAAACGUUUGGAGGAUCUGUACGUCGAUUCCGAAGCCAUAGUCUAUAAUAUAUUAAGUGAAUUGCGAUUACGAGCCAACAGAGGAGUGAUGAGUGGUGGCCAUGGAGUAGGUGUUGGCGCUCACAAAGUCCUCAUCUGUUCGUCGAGUUUUGUGCAAAAGAGGCAUAAAUUGUUGUUGAAUUAUAUGAGAGAUCCAUUAGCGCCUAAUGACCCCCGAUUCAGCGCAACCCCAAACAAUGCCUCCAAACAUACAACUGAUAUAAACUCUUAUUUCGAUUUAAUUGAUUUCCAACUAAACAUCGAUACAAAUCAAACCGAGACUAUUAGAGAUCAAGUGAACGCCAUAUUUCUUAAUUCGCCGAACACUCCAUGGAUUCACUGGAGUGUCGGCGAUGUCGAGAGAUCUCGUUUGGCGACAAGGAUUGGGAGUCAGUACAGUGUAACGGUGUGUUUCCUAUUAAUAAUGUUACCAGGCACAAUUAGCUGGUUCUACGGCGAUGAGAUUGCACUCCACGACACAUACGAUCCACUCUCACAAAAGCUUAUGGGCUCUACUUAUGGGCUCUUCUUAUGGUUUGGUUUCAUAUUUAUUAAUACCGACAAUAAGUGA